UUCAGCGGCUGUUUCCGAUUGGUCUGCUUGUUUCCCUGUCAGUCCGGGCCGGUGAGCCCCUCAGCCGCCGGCCUGUUCUGUUUAGCAGCACCGUAACAUGGAGUCACCUCCAGGGCCCUGCUCCUCCCCUCCGGGGCCCCGGCCCGUGCCCCCACCUCGCAAAGGCUCCAUGGAACGCCGGCCCCUGAGUCCUCUCAGGAGAGGAGCCGAACAUCUGGGGGCCGGGGAUGCUGCCGGCGACGUCAGUGCCCGGGGGAGUAUACCUGGGGCCCCUGAGAGGGCCACAGUUACCCAGAGGGUGCUGAUAGUAAUGCAGAGCCAUGCUGGCUCCCGGACUGCUGCUGGGAGCAGCCAUGGACCCGCUGCCCCUGAGAACACCCCGAUAACAACCUGGGGCCCAGAGAGACCCCCACCGGUGACCCCAGUACUGGACCAAGGGGAGCCCCCGACACCGGACACCCAGUCCUACCAGGGGCCCCUCCCGAUACCAAGCACCCUGAACCACGCAGCACCAGGAGGCACGACCAGUGGCAUCACACAGGGCUGGGCGCUCCCCCCGCCUCACAGCGGGCAGGUGGUGGACAUAGGACGUAUAGCGAGGGACCCCGAAGCAGACCGGACACCCCCUAAUGGUAUGGGGGCUCAGGACUGCUCUACUGCCCCGUCACAGGAUGGAGAGGGGACACCGAUCCCACAGGACAUGGGGAGGCAGGUGGACCUUCUCAGCCAGGAUGUGUGUGAGAAUGACGCCAUGCUGACCGAUGGUGCCUCGCAGAGCAUUGCUCCUCUACAUCCGCAGAACAUAAGUCCAGAAGACGUGAAGAGCGCUCUGUCUGUAAGACCAGAAGACGUGAAGAGCGCUCCGUCUGUAAGACCAGAAGACGUGAAGAGCGCUCCGGCCAUAAGACCAGAAGAUGUGAAGAGCGCUCCGUCCGUAAGACCAGAAGACGUGAAGAGCGCUCCGCCUGUAAGACCAGAAGACGUGAAGAGCGCUCCGUCUGUAAGACCAGAAGACGUGAAGAGCGCUCCGUCUGUAAGACCAGAAGACGUGAAGAGCGCUCCGUCUGUAAGACCAGAAGACGUGAAGAGCGCUCCGUCCGUAAGACCAGAAGACGUGAAGAGCGCUCCGCCUGUAAGACCAGAAGACGUGAAGAGCGCUCCGUCUGUAAGACCAGAAGACGUGAAGAGCGCUCCGUCUGUAAGACCAGAAGACGUGAAGAGCGCUCCGUCUGUAAGACCAGAAGACGUGAAGAGCGCUCCGUCUGUAAGACCAGAAGACGUGAAGAGUGCUCCGUCUGUAAGACCAGAAGACGUAAAGAGUGCUCCGUCUGUAAGACCAGAAGACGUAAAGAGUGCUCCGUCUGUAAGACCAGAAGACGUAAAGAGCGCUCCGUCUGUAAGACCAGAAGACGUGAUGAGCGCUCCGUCUGUAAGACCAGAAGACGUGAUGAGCGCUCCGUCCGUAAGACCAGAAGACGUGAAGAGCGCUCCGUCCGUAAGACCAGAAGACGUGAAGAGCGCUCCGUCCGUAAGACCAGAAGACGUGAAGAGCGCUCCGUCUGUAAGACCAGAAGACGUGAAGAGCGCUCCGUCUGUAAGACCAGAAGACGUGAAGAGCGCUCCGUCUGUAAGACCAGAAGACGUGAAGAGCGCUCCGUCUGUAAGACCAGAAGACGUGAAGAGCGCUCCGUCUGUAAGACCAGAAGACGUGAAGAGCGCUCCGUCUGUAAGACCAGAAGACGUGAAGAGCGCUCCGUCUGUAAGACCAGAAGACGUGAAGAGCGCUCCGUCUGUAAGACCAGAAGACGUGAAGAGCGCUCUUGCAAUAGGACUGGAAGACGUGAAGAGUUUUAAGGCCGAAAGAUCGGAAGACGUGAAGAGAGCCCCAGCCAUAAGACCAGAAGACAUGAAGAGCGCUCCGGCCGUAAGAUCAGAAGAUGUGAAGAGCAUUCAAGCUAUAAGACCAGAAGAUGUGAAGGGCGCUGCUGUUGUAAGAAUGGAAGAUGUGCCAAGCACUCCAACUAUAAUAACAGAAGUCACACAGAUCACUCCUCAUGUGCAGAACACUGUGGUGGGUGACAUCACACCCACUCCGAUGAAUCCCACUUCCCAGAGUCAAACGUCCAGUCUGCCUGCACAGCCAAGUCUUGGGUGGUCAUCCGUAUCCCCAGUUCGUGUCCCGGACCCUUUGAGCCCACACAGAAACAUGUCCUCUAAGCCACCUCUUCCUAUCCCCCCUAGGUCCAGUCUGUACCCUGGUCAUCCCUUUCGUGAACAGGAGACCUCCGUUAGUCACGAGACUGUGUCUUUGUCCAGUUUCAAAUCCAAAGCUCCGGCCCCAGACACACUCAGUUAUCUCGACUCUGUCAGUCUGAUGUCUGGCACCAUGGAGUCCCUCACCCUGCUGGAUGACACCAGCUCCAUAGGCUCUGACUCAGAGAUCAAUGGCAUGCCGUACAGGAAGACCGACAAAUACGGCUUUCUUGGAGGAAAUCAGUUCAGCGGUAACGGAGAUACCUCAAUCCCUGUGGAAAUUGCUCGACAGCGAGAACUGAAGUGGUUAGAAAUGUUCAGUAAUUGGGAUAAGUGGCUGACAAGGCGUUUUCAGAAGGUGAAGCUGAGAUGUAGGAAGGGGAUCCCAUCUUCACUGAGGGCCAAGGCCUGGCAGUUGCUCUCGAACAGUCAUGAUCUUCUGAUGAAAAACCCUGGGAAAUUCGAGGAAAUGGAGCGACAGCAAGGAGACCCCAAGUGGCUGGAUGUAAUUGAGAAAGAUCUCCACCGGCAGUUUCCUUUUCAUGAGAUGUUUGCUGCACGAGGAGGGCACGGGCAGCAGGAUCUGUACCGCAUCCUGAAGGCAUAUACCGUAUACCGACCAGAGGAAGGAUACUGCCAGGCUCAGGCUCCGGUGGCAGCCGUGCUGCUCAUGCACAUGCCGGCUGAGCAAGCGUUUUGGUGUCUGGUCCAGAUCUGUGACAAGUACCUCCCGGGAUAUUAUAGCGCUGGCCUGGAAGCCAUACAGCUGGAUGGGGAGAUUUUCUUUGCUCUGUUGCGCAGAGUUUGCCCCAUGGCUUACAGACACCUGAAGAAGUUUAAGAUUGAUCCCAUCUUGUAUAUGACGGAGUGGUUCAUGUGCAUAUUCUCCCGCACACUACCCUGGGCGUCAGUGCUGCGUGUAUGGGACAUGUUCUUCUGUGAAGGUGUGAAGAUUGUAUUCCGUGUGGGGCUGGUGUUACUGCGGCAUACCCUGGGGUCGGUGGACAAGCUUCGGAGCUGUCAGGGGAUGUACGAGACAAUGGAGAAGCUGAGGAGUCUCCCGGUGCACUGUAUGCAGGAAGAUGUGCUGCUCCCUGAGGUGAGUUCUGUUCCUGUCACUGAUGCGUUAAUAGAGAGAGAGAGCAACACUCAGUUACGGAAAUGGCGGGAGAAUCGAGGGGAGUUACAGUACCGACCCUCGCGACGUCUACAUGGAGCCAAACAGAUCUAUGAAGAGAAGCUGCGCCUUAAUCCCACCCUGAGUGGCAGCCGGCUUAGUUUGUCCAGCAUUCGACGACCUUCCCCACCACCCACGCCAGCUCUCGCUGUCCAGCCUGAAUCUGUAGUGGUGUCUGAAGGACUGCACCCUGCACUGCCGUCCCCCACCUCCAACAAGACUCCCCUCGGACUACCCAAAGAGGUAUCCAAGAAGGGCAAGGAGAAGCAAAAGGAGCAAGAGAAAAUAAAAGAGAAAGAAGAGCGCGAGCUCGAAAAGAAGAGAGAAAAGGAGGAGCGAGAAGAGCGCCGGAGGGAGAAAGAGCGGGAAAAGCAGAAGGAGAAGGAGGAAAAGCGAGUGCAGAAAGAGAGAGAGAAAACAGAUUCCAGACAGAAGAGAGAGAGGAAAUUUUCCUUCAGACGCAAAGAAUCUUCUCCUGCCUCAGACUCCCCGCAAAACAGUGGCCCCAGGGCCACAGACAGCAGUGCAGCUCAUGACACUUACUUCUGAGGGCCACAUAGUAAAGCUGCUUGUCAGUGGCCCUAGAGUCUUAUGGGCUGGAGUGUCCUGCCGGAUGAGACGACUUGUUACCUGUGCUCCUGGCUCUGCUAUGGCCUGAUAUCCGCAGCUGGGGACGGUGAUACCUCUCACGUUGUCAUAGGAAACCUUAAAACUGGAAACCCUUUACUCCAAGGCACUUUUUUUCCCCCCGUUCUCCAGCAGCAGCAGCUUUCUCCUCUGCCCCCAGUCCUCUGUGUAUAGACCUGUGGGACAGUGGCCUCUGUUCUGUUCAGGAGGAGAAACGCUCUUCUUCCACCUGUGGCCUGUUUUCCUUCUUUCAUCACUGCUGCAUGCCCAUCAUUCUCCUGGCACCUGCAUCGUAGAGGUGUGAGCAGGCGUGGGUGAGGUGCCCAUGGCGGUGCCUUGUAGACAAGCAGGAAGCAGCUGCCUCGUUUUGCACUCUGCAUUGAAAUGAAUGGAAUGUCCUUGUUUACAACCAUGUGAGGGACUGCACUUGAUUUGUGUCCCCUUCCCGAUUCUCGCCUUCAGUGCAUGCCCCUCCCCCACAUUUCAGUUUUAUUUGUAUAUAUUUUGGUUACGUUGCUUUAUGUUUUUAAGUGAUUCUAUAACUGUCUUCUAAGCUUACUGUAUGCAGCUAAUUCCACCAUAUGUGCUCUGCACAACAUGGGGCAAUAUGGACCGAAGACUUGUGUACAUAUAUGUAUAUUUAUCUCCGUGUGGAAGGUGAGACGUGAUUUGUGCUGAGACUCAUCCUGCAAUGCAUCCAAUCACUGCUUAUCCUAAGCUGCCUCUGCCCUAACUAUAGGUCCUCCUCCCCUCUGCUCUCAAUGAGCUCCUGUCUCUGCACCAUCCCUAUAAUGACCUCUUCUCUCUGUGCCAUCCCUAUAAUGAGCUCCUGUCUCUGCACCAUCCCUAUAAUG